AUGUAUAAAUGUGUCCCGAGUUAUUAUUCUAAAGCGGGCACCAUUGUAGUAACUUAUUGCGAAAUUUCUGCUCUUCUCGUCUCGCUCAAAAAUCGCGUUCAGGGUAAAAGGGGCGAAACAGAGGGCCAGAUAGAAAUUUCGAGAAAAGCGGGUCACCCCGCCCCUGCAUUUUGA